AUGACCGAUAUUGCGAGUCAGCUCCUAGUAGCACAACCGUGUUAUAAAGUCAUGACAAGCGAAAGAAGAAGCCAUCGGGUAGGCAAGCGUAGAAAAGAAGAUCAUGAAGUGCAUGAUAAUUUCCCUCUGAAGCCAAAUUUGGGAAGGCCAAUAACUUAUAUGUCGGAUCUUCACAAGUUGACAACGAAACAUGUGGUACGUGUCAUGCAAUUAGAUGUUGCCAUGAAAAAGCUACUUGCAAAUGAUCAAUUAGGAACUGUUACCAAGGUUAAAGGUACGAAGGAACAGGCAUUGAUGAACUUGGCGGUUUGCAGAGAGCAAGGGAACCGACCCUAG